AGUCAUCUUUAUGGCUAAACAUCUUGGUCAUUAUUUUGAGGAAAUCUCAUUUCGCUACAUUUUGUAAAUUCCUGGUAUCAAGUGUGCAUUAUGAAAUAAGUAUUGUGAAACAAGGAAUUCGUAUGAAUAGUCCUCCUGUUCUAUCAAAUUAAGUGUGAUUACUGGAGGCAGCUGGUUGAAUAGACAAUAACCAGACAAGUUGUGGUAACUAUUGGAAGCAUUUUUAGGCGUUGGCAUACCGUUGUUGAAUAGUUGACUGAAUCAGUUCCUGUGCCAAGUUGUUCUUCUAAGUUUUGGAUUAAGUCGGUGAUUGUGCAAUGAAUGGGGAUCUUGAAGCGGCUCCUCCUACGGAGAGGACUCCUGUCACAGAGCAGCCAAAUUCGCCGCCAUCCUAUGACUCCCUCUAUGGCAAAGUCAAAGCAGCGAAGCGUGAAUCAGGCGGGCAUGUGGAUUUCUUCAAGAAGUUUAUGAUAAUUUUGUGUGGAACAAUCGGCUGCACAGUAUGUAUUGGUCUGAUAAUGGCAAUCCCUAUAUCUAUGAUAGCCAUGGGUUCUAUUUAUCUAAAUGACUGCCGCAUCGAGCGAUUCAUCCCAAUCUACCUUAUCGUCGGCGGCUGCUUCGGCAUUCUUAAAAAUAUAUCAAAUAUCGUUCAGAGGAUUCGUAAUCAGAAAGAAGAAAAAGAAGAGGAGAAUGCCAAGACGAAUCCAUUUGAUGGUAUUGUCAGCUGUUUCUUAUUAGCUUGGUUUAUCGCUGGUAACGUGUGGAUCUACCGUGUUUAUCACACAGUCAACUACAAAGACCCGUCGGACCCUAAUUAUUGCGAUCCUGCACUCUACCUGUAUGCAUUCUGGAUCACUACCGCCACCUAUAUUUUCCUUGCUGUAACAUGUUGCUGCAUUUGCUGUGCUGGUCUCAUCACCAUGUGCUUCGGAGACUAGAUUUUUUAAUCAGAAGUCUGUCGAGCUAUGCAUGCAUCAUGAAUCUGGAGAAUCAAUUCCCCAGCUUGCCACGAAUUAGGCUGGCCUUCCAACUUGCGAUUCUGGGUAGGUUGGAGAACUGAUUCUCUAGGGUGAUUCUUCAAGAAGGUGGAGGGAGGCUGUCACUUAUAAUCCAUUAAAUGGAAGAUGUAUUGGUAUGUGUGAUAAUAAUUCAAUGCGAGAUAUGAAUAAAGACUAGUAAAUACUUGUACAACUUCGUGUAUGUUAACACCAGGCGGCUUUUAUGUACAGAACUGAAGAUUGAACUAGAAGCAUUCACUAGUCGCAAUUCAUAUCAACUCAGCUUCCCAGAACAAUCGUGCCUUCAUUUUAGUUUUUUGUUUGUCAUUUUCAAGAACAUGUAUAAUCACAUCAGCAAACCAGUUCUUGUUACCGCCACUUCAUUCAAAUUUGCUUAAGGAAGAUUUGAGCCAGUAGUGUGAUCUUCAGCCUGUUCUGUCUUUUAAGCUCUCGGAUCUUAGGACUGAAGGCGUUAAAUGGGUUGUCUGUGUAGACUAAGUUAUAGCUGCUGUUUGUAUGAGCAGUGUACUUGGUUAUGGUCUUUGUUUUGAAGGAAGGUUUCAUCAUUGUCAGUUCACAAUGUACUUGUGUGUAUUCUAUCUACUGUGUUCUGGCACUCUUCAUGUAUACGCCACAAAUUGAAAAUAUUCUAGUAAAUAAUGAAACUGCCACGCAGAGUGAGGUGCAACUUUUUGGAAUUGUAUAAUGGUAAUGGUUUGGUAAAACAGAAAUAUCAAUCUAUUCUAUGAGUUCAGUAUUUGAGGAUUGUAUGAAGUAUAUGUACAUAUAACCUGCUUUAUCAUAAAGCCACAGGUGCCUUAGGUAUAAUGGGUCGAGUUUGAACAUUUUGGUUUGCACUGUGCGUAAUGAAUGUAUUGUUAAAGGGAGACUAUAGGCAGAAGUGAGGAGCCAGGUGUGCCUGAUUCAGCUACACAAAGUCACCAAAAGGUGUCAUCCAUCUGAUAGCACAACAAAACUAUUCACAAAUGUACAGGGAAUACAUUUAAUGUCGAGUCAAACAUGUUACCCCCGAACUGUGCAUAUUAGUCACUUGAGUAUGACCAAUUUGACACCCUUGCUACUGCCUGUAAUCCCACUUUAAGAGGAUAAUAAUGAUGUGCUAUUUAUAUUAUUUAAGUCUAAGCUUUUCUGUGAUUGCUUUAAGAGAUAUGAAAAUGUACAUUUUCCAUUGAUACAAGUUAUGGGGACUCUUCUAUUAGGACAUAAAUUGGCUUGAAGUGGUUCGGCUCACCACCACCAGGGGAGCCAGAAUCUUACCCAUUAUACAUCAAGCAAAUGGCGUAUAUUACGUAUUUUCGGAGCUUAUAGUUAUACAUUACCUCUAUGAUAAUGCCAAAAACAUUCAUGGUUAGUUGCUGGCAUCACCUUCUGCCAUUGGCCGCACCAUCACCAGCCACCCUGAUUUACAGACAUAAAAUUUCUUUAAUUUAUAAAUCUUCUCUUGUGUGUAGACAUAUAUUGGUGUCGUUUUCAAAACUUUAUAAUAGGUAAAGGUUGCUAUGCGAUAUAUUGGCAUGUCCUCUCUGCCUGUUGCCAAGUUCAAUGGGAGAACAUGCACAGUACCUGCAUUUUACUUGCACUAAUAAGAAAGUCACUCACAAAUGCAGAGGAAUUAGACAAGAGUAUGUUGCGGUCAAUUAUCAAGACUACAGUGUCAAGACUUGAUACAUACAUUACUGUAUACAACUUCCAUCCUCUAUAUAUGCAUUGAGAGAGGACUAACCCUUGAUGCCAUCAGAAUGCAAACCGCCCAUGUAACUGAUCCUCGCAAUUGCUUGAGCAUGAUAACUGUAUUAAGAUUGUGUUAAAUAUACCUCAUUCUACCAUAGUAUUCAUAUUUUAUUGCAUACAUGUAAUUAUAUUUUGAAAAUUAAAUGUAAAUU